AUGUCCUUCGAGGAGAGCCGCGUGCUCGCCAUGGCCGUGUACGGCGCCGUGUGCGCGCUGGGGCUGCCCGCCAACUGCCUGACGGCCGGGCUGGCGCUGCGGGAGGCGUGGCGGGGCAGCGUGCUGGCCGUGUACCUGUGCGGCCUGGCGCUCUGCGAGCUGCUGUACGCGGCCACCCUGCCACUGUGGGUGCUGUACGUGCACAAGGGCCACUGCUGGGCCCUGGGCGACCUGGCCUGCAAGGUCACCGCCUUCAUCUUCUUCUGCAACCUCUACGUGAGCAUCCUGCUGCUCUGCGCUGUGUCCUGCGACCGCUGCGUGGCCGUGGCCUACGCGCUGGAGAGCCGUGGCCGCCGCCGCCGCCGCACCGCCGGCCUGCUCACGGCCGCCGCCUUCCUGCUCGUGGGGCUGGUCCACUACCCCGUGUUCGAGAUAAAAGUGAAGGGCACCUGCUUCGAGACGCUGCCCGUGGACGCCCGGGCGGCCCACUACUACUACGCGCGGUUCGCCGUGGGCUUCGCCCUGCCGCUGGGCGUCAUCGCCGGCGCCAACCACCGCGUCUUCCGGGCCGUGGGCCGCAGCGCGGGCCUGAGCGCCGCCCGGAAGGCGCGGGCGCGGCGCACGGCGCUGGCGGUGGUGGCCAUCUUCCUGGCCUGCUUCGCCCCCUACCACCUGGUGCUGCUGCUCAGGGCCGCCGCCUUCUCCUACUACGGCGGCGACGAGGGCGCCCUGUGCCGCCUGGAGGCCCGCGUGGGCACCGCCUCCGUGGCCUUCCUGUGCCUCACCACGGUGAGCAGCGUGGCCGACCCCGUGCUCUACAUGCUGGCCACGGCCCGCUCCCGGCAGGAAGCGUCCUGGAUCCGCAGGAAGUGGACGGCGUGGUCUGCGGGGACGGAGGCCACGAGGCUCACGCGUCUGAAGGACUCGGAGGCGAGGCCGUCGCCCGUGUCGCUGGCGGGCAGCUGCCUGCUCCCCAGCCCCGCGCCGCCCCGGGGGACCCGGCCGGGCGCCCUGCAGAGGCUGCGGAAGGUGUCCUGCUGA